UUGAGUGAAUAUCAAACACAAACACAAACAGCCAUCAUGAUCUCCUGCUUCCCCGCCGCCACCUUCCAUCCUCGGCCGACCACCGCCUCCUUUUCUCAUGACAAGCACAAAUCCACUAGGUUGGUGGUCAGAAGCACAAAUGCGGAGGUGCAGCGUUUGGUGGAUUUUCUAUACGAGGACCUUCCCCACAUGUUCGACGGCCUAGGCAUCGACACGACUGCCUACGACGACGCCGUCAAGUACAGAGACCCCAUAACCAAGCACGACGGAAUCAGCGGUUAUCUUUUCAAUAUUGCCAUGGUCGGGAAGCUCUUCCACCCCCAUUUCCACCUCCACUCUGUCAAACAGACGGGGCCUUAUGAGAUAAGCACGAGGUGGACUGUGGUGAUGAAGUUUGCUCUCUUACCUUGGAAGCCCGAAUUAGUCUUCACGGGCACUUCUGUUAUGGGCAUUAACCCCCAAAACAUGAAGUUCUGCACUCAUGUGGACUCCUGGGAUUCCAUCGAGAACAACGACUAUUUCUCCGUUGAAGGCUUCAUGGACAUGGUGAAGCAGCUUCGGGUUUACAAGGCUCCGGAUGUGGAAACACCGAGAUAUCGGAUACUAAAAAGAACUGCGAAUUAUGAGGUGAGAGAGUAUGAUCCUUUUACGGCUGUCGAAGCAAGUGGUGACAAGUUGUCUGGCUCGACCGGCUUCAGUUCUGUGGCUGGUUUGCCAGAGCUCUGAAUGAAGCAGAAGUCAGUUUGAGGAAGGUAUAGCUGCAGUGUUGAAAUUCAGUGGAAAGGCAGAUGAGGAGAUUUUCCGAGCGAAGGAAAAUGCCCUGAGGCAAAAUCUUGCUAGAGACGGCCUCAGAGGUCAAGAGGGUUGUUUGGUAGCAUGUUAUAACGACCCAAGGAGGACGUGGAGCUUCGUAAUGGUAAGCUAAGGGUAGUACUACUUUCGUCGUCUUUUGUCUGUUGUUUUAGAGCUUCCUGUUUGGCUACAAUGCUGCAGAGAAAGUGAUCAGUUAACAAAACAUCUUAGAAUACUGAUCUUAGCUUUGAGAUUUGCUAAAGAGUGUCUGAUUCUGUGUUGUUUCGUGUCGAAGAGGAAUGAAGUGCUUAUAUGGCUUGAAGAGUUUAUGUUGGAGUGAAAGAGAUGAACUUGAUUCUGCAUUGCUUGUGAAAGAGAUUUUUCAUCUGGAUUUCUGUUUAUUUUGUGCUAGAUGUAAUGUUUCAUUGAAACAUUUGUGAAACUUUUGAUGGUGUAAUGGAAAAGAUUUUGGGAGUUGUAGACUUCUUCAUGUUGUUUAUACAUUUACAAUGUUGUUGUG